AGUAAAUACAUUCUUUUAAAUAUUUUAGAAAUGUCUUAGUUUUCCACAGUUUAAAAUCCCUUUCUAUGACAGAAACUGCAAAGUCUCACUUGAAAAGAGUAUGGGAGUCUAUGAAAAGAUCGCGCAGAUUUGAUCGUGACAACUUGGAUACUCCUUUGAAAAGAUGUCUAACAGCUUUCGAUCUUACCCUUUUGGGUAUAGGAAAUAUGGCAGGAGCUGGUAUUUACGUCCUAACUGGUACAGUAAUCCGUGACAAAUCCGGACCGUCUACUUUCUUGUCAUAUUUGGUUGCUGGUGUAACAGCUUUCUUAAACGCUUUGUGUUAUGCUGAGCUUGGUUCACGAAUACCGAAGUCAGGAUCUGCAUACACCUAUACAUAUGUGGCAAGCGGAGAGUUCUUAGCAUUUAUUGUUGGAUGGUCAAUGAUAUUAGAAUACGUUUUGUCUGUAUCAAGUGUUGCACGUGGUUGGAGUGGCACAGUAGACGCAAUGUUACAACAUGCUAUUAGUAAUGGAACAAAGAAUACUAUUGGCAGUUUUCCAUCCAAUGUAGAAUUCGUAGGCGAAUACCCAGAUUUUAUUGGAGCACUUUUAAUAAUUAUACUUGGUUUAGUAUUAUUCCGGGGACCGAAGCUUUCAGCAAUAUUAAAUACUAUAAUAACAAUGCUAAAUUUAGUGGUAAUUAUUUUGGCCACUUGUACUAUGUUUGCACGACCGAAUGAGCAUAGUUCAGAAUUUGCACCAGCUAGUCAUGGAGGUUUAUUUCCAUAUGGAUUCGGUGGUAUGAUUGGUGGAGCUGGAACAUGUUUUUAUGCAUUUAUUGGCUUUGAUGCUAUAACAGUUAGCAGUGAAGAAGCAUUAAAUCCUAAAAGAUCAAUGCCAAUUGCUACUGGUGUAUCAGUCGGUGUAGUUACGCUUUUAUUCUUAUUGGCUAGCUUAGCUUUGACACUUUUUGUACCAUGGUGGACAGUUGACAGACAGGCUGCUUUUACAGCUGCUUUUCAUGUUCGCAAUUAUGAAUGGGCUACAUAUAUAACAGGAAUUGGCUCAUUGCUGGGAUUGAGUGCCAGUUUAUUUACAAGUAUGUAUGCAAUGCCAAGAGUAGUAUAUGCUAUGGCAAGUGAUGGUUUAUUGCCUAAAUUUCUAGGCUACCUAUUACCAUCUACACAAGUACCAGUCGUCGCAUUAAGUUUAUUUGGAAUAUUCUCUGCAAUCCUGACUCUUUUAUGCGAUAUUCAUUUAUUAGCUGACUUUUUAAGCAUUGGAACAUUAAUUGCUUAUACAAUUGUCUCAAUGAAUGUAUGUAUUCUGCGUUAUUGUCAGCCUCAACUAUAUUCUGGUCAAUGGAGUGAAUUAGAAUCAAAUGAAGAGAAUCCUAAUUUUCCAACCGAUGAACGUUUAAAUAACGAAAAGGUUAUACGUGAAACUAAUGAAGCUGAGUUGAAUGAAUGGCCACACUCGAUUGGACGUUUGAAAUCUGCCUUUCGUCACUUACCGAUUCUUCGUGAUUCAACACCUGGACGUGCACCUAUUAUUUCACUGUUAAUUUAUACUAUUUGCGCUUUUGGUUUAGCUAGUCUUCUUUUACCAGGAGCUCAGUACAUUCAAGAAGCACGUUGGUGGGCAGUGGUGAUAUUUAUUUUAUUCCUAAUAGGAGCGAUUUUCUUCGUGGUUAUCAUGUUCCUACACGAACAGAACAAAUCAUUCGAUAGCUUCAAGGUUCCAUUUGUUCCUCUGAUUCCAUGUUUAUGUGUUUUCCUGAAUUUUUGUCUUAUGGUAAAAUUAUCACCUAUGACAUGGGUUCGAUUCAUUAUUUGGUUAGUUAUCGGUUUGAUUAUUUAUUUUGCAUAUGGAUGGAGGCACAGCAUUCAUGCAAGUAAUCCUGGAGAGUCAGGAAAAUUAAUUACAGUACCGAAGAUGGGUAGUUUUGACGAAGAUAUCGCAGGAUCAGGUUUUGAACCGUAUGAAAAUACUAAUACACUUCAAAAUUAUGAACACAGACUGGAAUGAGUCUUUGAGAUUUUUCCGUGUUGUCUUUUUGUGUUUAUAUAUAUAUGUAUUUAUACAUGUGCAGUGAUGUUUAUCAUUAUUAUUAUUUCUUUCUUUAUUCCAAUCACUUGUCAGAUAUCUUUGUUUUUUUGAGUUGAAAAAAAUAUGUUGUCUUUUUCACCUGGUACGUCGCACAAUGACUUAAUAUUUAUUUACAUAUUGAUCUACUUUUGAUUAUGUUGUCUGUUUUGACCGAGUGAUUUGUGAAAUUCUUGUAUUUCUGCUUUUGAUCUUUGUGUUCAAAAUAAAAGAGGUUACGAAUAUUUUAA